CCUUACUCUCUUCUUCUCUUAAUCCCUUCUAGCAUCCUAAAACAAAAACCAAACCCUCUCAAUGGACGCAGCAGCCAAUGAAUCCUUCCGCAGAGUUGUUGCCGAGCCUAAAUCGGGAAGAAGUUGCAAUCCGUCUUCCGAUUCAGCUGCACGGAAGGCACCGACGACAACUCGGCUUCCUUCCUUACACAGAUCCGGUGACAGUCUCAAACAGGGGAGGAUAAUCCCCACUGUCGCUGGCGAAUUCGAACAAGGAAGAGAAGAGAAACAAGUCCCAUGUUUUUGAAGAACCAAAAAUAGCGGAAUCCCCCGCCGCUGCUCUAGCUACGAAGAAAAUUGGCAGAUAUGAUUAUGUUUUUUUAUCCAGACCUAAAUCCUGCUCUUCUCCUUCCUCGAACGAACAUAUCUCGUCAUCCCAGAGUCAAUCUGUAUGCCCGAUCUGCUUCCUGCCUUGUUUCCUUACAAAAUCCAAUGGGGGCAGAGCUAGUCUCUUCGACGACAGGGGACGAUCUGGACUGUUGGUUGUGAGAUUUGUGGGGUGAUAUAUGAGGAGGGAAGAUGGCGAUUUGUGAGACAGGGGUUACCGGCAGGGACAGAAACAAGCCGGUGGUGGAUGGAUUUGCGAAAACAGAAACAGGUCGGCGGCCAGAUGCAUUCGAGUUAGUUCAAAGAACCGACGCUAAAUGUUUUUUUUUUUCCGGUUAAAACCGACACUAAACACAUAAUAUAACUGACUCUAAACU